UCAAGAAUGAGGGUCCUCAGUAUAGAGGAUAGGGGGCUGGCUGGAAGGCUGGGGAAUUGACAGGUCCCAUCUCCCCUGCCCCCAGGAGUUGGGGGUGAGGUGGUGCUCAGAGCCAAGGCAUGCCUGCCAGUCACACUGCCUAUCUGCUGUGACCUGUGCCUCAGGAGACCUAGAAAAGCCAAGAUAAGUUCACAUUUCCUCUUAUCACCUCUGGGCAGGCAGGUUGGCUUUCCCUCUAAUGACUGACUGGCUCAGCCUGGGCACAGGUGCUCGGUGUUCUUCAGCAGGUUUCUGGGCCCAGGCAGCCCUGGGAGAGAGGCUGGAGGGUCAGUCCUCCGCCGGAUCCCAGUCCCUGGCAGUGGGCAGCCCCCAUGUUUCCUGGGAAAGGGAGGGUCCUCUUCGAUGCCAGAUCCCGGCAAACCCUGCACAUACCGGCUCCUUGUGCCAGUGUCAGCCCUUCCCAAAAAUGAGGACAUGGAGACUGGGAGGGGACAAGGGCCCUGCCUGAGGCCACACAGCCUUGGAGCCCAGUUCUGGUUCCUUGACACUAACCAUUGACCCCUUAAGAGGGAUUUUCCCCCUUUAAACAUUUGGAGCAGACUGAAGCUGGCUUCCCUGUUCUAUCUAGGGCAGAAAACCCCACUGAAGCUCUGCUUGUGUGGGGAUAUUUAGACCAAACAAAUCCAUGCCUGAAAUCUCCAGUGAGUCCUCUGUUGGGUGCUGGUGGCCACUGGCUUCAGCAGGCUGCUGUAACCAUCCAGUCCUGGGAGGACCAUCAGGCUGGGGAGUGGUGACGUUUGGCUUGCCCUGCUGGUCACCAGAGACCGAGGGAAGCCAGGCCAGCCCUAGGCUGCGUUGAACCUUAGCUUCUGGGUUGCAGCCUAUGCAACCACUCCUUUUCUACAAGGAGAAAACCACAGCCGCGCAGUUGGUAAACAGCAGAGCUGAGGUUUAAACUCAGGCGUCUGUGGUUCAUGCUGACCCCUAGCUUCUGGACUCUUGCCACCAAAGAAGACUCAAAUGGUAAAAUUUCAGGCAAGAGGAGUUAAAGGACUCAGAGCAAGAAUUUAUCCUUUAGUCACAGUGAUGGGGACUCUACACCCAUUUCUUGAGUGAGAGAAUGAAUGGGAAAACAUUUGGGGGUAUGUCAAGGACUGUGUGAAUAUGGUGUGCUGUUAUCCAGCCUACCCCACCCACACACACACGCACACACUUAACAGAAGAAGGGGUGCUGAAGUCCAGAGAAGGGGCAGGGGCUUGUCGGAGGCAGAACUAGGGCCUGGAAACCAGGUAUCUGCCUUCAGCCAAGGACUUUCUCUCCUCCCACAGUCACGCUUUGGCUUGCCCCUGCACACAGCCCUGGCAGGGGGUGCUAUGGGGGUGCAGUGAUCAGUGAAGGGGCAGGGGGUGUGGGCUCUGCAGUCAAAUCUACGUGGCUGCCACGGGCAAGUUAUCUAGCGUUUCUGAGCUCACGUGCCCCAUCUUUAUAGUAGAGAUAAUUCUCUACCCACCUCCCAGGGUCCCCAAAGGUGCUGAGCAGUCGGUAAAUGACCCAGCCUUUGGCUGUCAGCCUGUGCACCCACUGCGGUGCACUGGAGCCUCUCUCUAUGUGGGGCCCAGGCCCCUCCUCCCCGUCCACCACAAGGAGUGGCCACCCUUUUGCCGGAGCACUGCCCUUCCUAGGUUGAGGAGUUAAGAGAUUACAAGUAGGUCUGCCUGGGGAGGGGGUCCCCAAGAUUUCUCAAGACCUGAGCAGGACUGGGAAAUUUUGAACAGAGCAAGCAGGAAGUGACUUAUCUUCCCUGUGAGUGCCCAGAACAGGUCAUCCACUGCAGGCGAGGCCAGCACAAGACAUGUCUGGCAGCCCCCCAAGCUGCACCACCAUGGCCUCAGUUACUUUUGAACCACUCAUUUCCUAACCAUUUCUCUGCUGAUGAGGGCUCCUGGCUUUCCUGUAAUCUAGUACAGGGCCUGCCUUAGUAGAUGUUAGUAGACAUUGGAUGACUAGGCAUAUAGAUGACUUUUUUUUUUAUUGCAUUUUUCACUUUUAAGUAAUUUCACUUUUAAAUAAUAAUACAUAUGCAGUUGUAAAAAAAAUAAAACAGAAGGAUCUUAGGUACCCUUUGCCCAGUUUCCCUUGACGGUAACAUCUUGCAAGCCAGUAUCACCUAGACUCUAUACUCUUGACAUGGACACAGUCCCCAGUUUUACUUGCACUCAUUGGUGUGUGUGUGUUUAGUCCUAUGCAGUUUUAUCACAUGUGUAUAGGUUCAUUAACCACCACCAGUCAGGGUACACAACUGCUCCAUCACCACAAGAAUCUUGUUGCCCUCUUAUAACCACAUCCAUUUCCCAUCACCCCCUCUCCCCACUCCACCUCCCCCUUCCCUAACCCCUGGCAACCACUAGUCUCUUCUCCGUCUCUGUAAUUUGAUGACUUUGAGAAUGUUAUAUUAACAGAAUCAUGUUGCUUUUUUCACUCAGCAUAAUUCCCUGGAGAUUCAUCCAGGUUGUUUCAUGUAUUCAAUAGUUCAUUCCCUUUGUAGUUAUUUCAGGGUAUGGAGGUAUCACAGUUCAUUUAACCAUUCAACCAUUGAAGGACAUCUAGGUUUAAGUUUGGGACUUUUAUGAAUAAAACUACCAUGAACAUUAGUGUAUUAGUUUAAUGUGGACAUAAGUUAUCUGGGAUUUCUCUGGGAUAAAGGCCCAAGAGUGCAGUUGCUGGGUUGAAUGGUAAUUGCAUGUUUAGUUUAUAAGAAACUGCCAAACUGUUUUCCAGAGUGACCAUACCAUUUUACAUUCCCACCAGCAAUGUAUGAGUGAUCCAGUUUUUCCAUAUCGUCAGCAGGAUUUGGUGUUGUCACUGUUUUUAAUUUCAGCUGUACUGAUAGGUGUGUGUAAUGAUGCUCAUUGUGGCAGAAGGUUGGAUUUUACUUCUCUUGCCCGUAGCCCAGGUAGUGCUGGGCCUUGUUUCAUAGGUUUCCAUUGGACCAUCUCUUUCACCUCUAGAUGACUGGAAGCCUCUUGAAGGCAGGGCCUGAAGUCACUUCUCUGGCUCUAGCUCCCAGCCUGGGCCAGGCCCAGGGUAGGGUCCUAAGUUCUCACUGGGGGAGAGCACUUAGAGUUCAAGUUCUGAGAAAGGCCACUGGAUCUGACACAGAACCUCACGGCUCAUCAUGCCUAGUGGCGUAUAAGAAGACCCCACCACCGGUCCCCCCACGCACCACAUCAAAGCCAUUCAUCUCUGUCACAGUCCAGAGCAGUACUGAGUCUGCCCAGGACACCUACCUGGACAGCCAGGACCACAAAAGUGAGGUGACGAGCCAGUCAGGCCUGAGCAAUUCGUCGGACAGCCUGGACAGCAGUACCCGGCCACCCAGCGUGACGCGGGGUGGAGUCACCCCAGCCCCUGAGGCCCCCGAGCCGCCCCCAAAACAUGCAGCGCUGAAGAGUGACCAAGGGACGUUGACCAGCUCCGAGUCCCUCCCUGAAGCCAUCCCCAAAAGGAAACUGUCAUCGAUAGGAAUACAAGUUGACUGCAUUCAGCCAGUGCCAAAAGAGGAGCCCAGUCCCGCUACCAAAUUCCAGUCCAUCGGGGUUCAGGUAGAGGACGACUGGCGCAGCAGCGCCCCCUCACACAGCAUGUCUUCCCGACGGGACACCGACUCAGAUACCCAGGACGCCAAUGACUCGAGCUGUAAGUCAUCUGAGAGGAGCCUCCCGGACUGUACCCCACACCCCAACUCCAUCAGCACUGAUGCCGGCCCCCGGCAGGCUCCCAAGAUUGCCCAGAUCAAGCGGAACCUCUCCUAUGGAGACAACAGCGACCCUGCCCUAGAGGCCUCCUCGCUGCCCCCACCCGACCCCUGGCUCGAGACCUCCUCCAGCUCCCCGGCAGAACCAGCACAGCCAGGGGCCUGCCGCCGAGAUGGCUACUGGUUCUUGAAGCUACUUCAGGCCGAGACGGAGCGGCUGGAAGGCUGGUGCUGCCAGAUGGACAAGGAGACCAAAGAGAACCACCUCUCUGAAGAAGUCUUAGGAAAAGUCCUCAGUGCUGUGGGCAGUGCCCAGCUACUGAUGUCCCAGAAAUUCCAGCAGUUCCGGGGCCUGUGUGAGCAAAACUUGAACCCUGACGCCAACCCACGUCCAACAGCCCAGGACCUGGCAGGGUUCUGGGACCUGCUACAGCUAUCCAUCGAGGACAUCAGCAUGAAGUUUGAUGAACUCUACCACCUCAAGGCCAACAGCUGGCAGCUGGUGGAGACCCCCGAGAAGAGGAAGGAAGAGAAGAAACCACCCCCUCCGGUCCCAAAGAAGCCAGCCAAAUCCAAGCCGGCAGUGAGCCGUGACAAAGCUUCAGAUGCUGGGGACAAGCAGCGCCAGGAGGCGCGCAAGAGACUCCUGGCAGCCAAGCGGGCAGCUUCUGUGCGGCAGAACUCAGCCACCGAGAGUGCGGACAGCAUCGAGAUUUAUGUCCCUGAGGCCCAGACUCGGCUUUGAGACCACAAAGGAAGAAGGAAACAUCUCUAAGUCAUUAAAAAACACACAAAAAACUAAAUGCGAAUGGAACAAAAUUUUCUCAACCUUUAGUAUUCUGUCUAGAGACCCUGAGCCAACUUUCAAAUUGAUGUGUACAAGGGCUCACAAUUUGGCUUUUUUGGGUCCCUCCAAACUUUAUAUUAUGAAGACUUACACACAAAAAAAUCAACAGAAAAACAAAACUAUAAAACUUUUUUUUUCCUCUUGCUGGCUGUGGUGGACUAGAUAGAUGGACUUUGGCAAUUCCCCGGCCCAGCCUCCAGACUGCGGUCUUUUUACUUGUUCUAUCAAAUGAGAACUUAAACAAGCUUGUUUACAAGAAGACAACAGUCCAAGGGCAGCCUUGGGCACCUGCCAUGUCCUUCCUUCCUUUUCCCGCUACCCCUGCUCUGACCUUGGAGUUUUCAUCCUUCUGUUCUUCUCUCUUCCCUCAGAGCUCACAUGGGGUCACCAUCCUGGCCAGCAGCUUUCUGCUUCUCAGCCCAUUUUGUGGUUGAGGGCCCAAAGGACAGAGAAUCAGAGGUGCACCCCCUCCCUGCCAUGUGCUCACACACGGGUGCACGCACACGCGCACACACACACACGCAGGCAGGCUCCUUUCCACAGCACAGGCCACCCUCCUGCUGCCGACCUCCAGCCCUAGGCCUCCCAGGGCAGAUGAGGAGGGUUUAAGAAGCCUUUGGGGAAAAAAUGAGCUAAAAGCCAGUUAUCGUUCUCCAGACCCCCACCUUUUUCUUCUCUCCAGCCUCCAGCCUUCCUCAGCAAAAGAAAAUUUAUGACUCAGAGUGGUUCUUGGGUACACUCAAGAGAGGGACCCCAUUUUCCGAGGGAUUGUUGGUCCCUGGCCGAGCCUGUGUACAGUAUCCCGAGGGGCGGGCAGUGGUGUCUGGAUGGAUGUGUACAUAUGCACAUAGACCCUUAGAGUGUAUAUUUAACAAAUGCCCAUCUGCUCACCCUUGCCCACCAGCGCCACCGCUGUCUCUCGGGGCACCUGGCAGGAGGUGGGUGUGUGAAUAGCAUAUAUUUUUACAUGUACUAUAUCUAGGUGUGUGUACAAGUGUGUGUAAAAAUAUAUACCUUGUGUGUAAGCAGCCCUUUAUUUUGGUCUCCCACCCUGUGCACACUGCCCCCCCCCCCGCCUCUCAGUUUCCUGUUCUUUUUUUUUUUUUUUUGCUAACCUCAAUCCUCUCCCUCUCUCCCCAGCCCCCCACCCCCACUCACAGGGUGUCAUGAGCCCUGAGCUGCAAAUGGCCCAGGCCUACGGGGUGGGAUGGGGUGGGGUAGGGGAGAGCACGGCAAGGGCAGGCAGUGUGGGCAGGCGCCAAGCUAGGCAGGGAGCUCAGUACACGAGGGGGCUGCUCUGUACUGUGUACACGACUCUACGCAUUGGAGACAUCCUCUUGUCCAGCAUUUGCUGCAGGGGACCCAAGGUGAACCAAGGGCCUUUCUGGGACCCAUUCCAGCUUGGCCACUGACUGUGACCUUGGGCAAGUCACUUGACCUCUGUGUGCCUCAACUCCUCUGUAAAAUGGGGACAGUCCCUGCCCCUCCCUACCUCACAGGCAUGUUGUGAGAAUAAAUGAGGUAAUGUGUA